AUGUCGGACUCGGUGCAGCUGAAACCACUGCCGAAAGUGCAUCAUGGGAGCAUAUCUGUGCACGCCCUGCGCCCGAUUGACGCAGGCGACGAGCUGCGGAUCACGUACAUCGACGCCGCGGCAGACCGAGCACGACGGCAGUCAGAAUUGUUGGAACGGUACUUUUUCUUCUGCGAUUGCGCGCGUUGUGAGCGCGAGAAGGCCUCGAAAGGAAUGGCGUCACAGGCUCCCAGUACAACACUCACGGAAGCCAUCCAGAUCCUCAAGUCUUCCUCUUCACAGCCACCAAGCCUUCUCGAGCAGUACCUUCCUCGAUUGCAGUCGUCCAUGUCAGCUCUCUCCUCACAACAGGUACCAUAUCCUAUCACCUCCUAUCCGCUACCCCAAUUGCGCCAUCAGAUCAUACUCGCCCUGAUUGCUACGCAAGACUUCCAUGGUGCGAUGCGCCAAAAUGUCGUUCUCAGCUUCAAGAUCGAUCCCAUCUUAUACCAGAGCCCUGGCAUCCCUGCCGCGUUGUCAGCAAAUGGCGUUUACUGCGAUUACUACGAUACUGCAUUACAGACGACGUCAAAAGAUCCUCCUCUGCAAACAGGGAUCCAAGAGCUUACCGAAGAUGUCCUCGGAAAGCACUACCUGGACUAUAGGCACGAUCGAACAGAGCAUAUCGUCGACAGCAGAAAGAAAGGACAGAUGGAACUGAUGAUCAUGCAAGCCCAGCAGGAGAUCACAGCUGGCGGUUUGAGCGCUGGCUUGGGGCCCGAGUGGAUGAAGCAGCUUUCCGAGGGACAGAACUACCAGGAUCGGGUGCAGGAGUGGAUUGAGACUGUCGCGAGCGAAGUCUUGGAGAAGGAGGCCGGGCGCGAACGAUUACCAUGA